UCCUACGACGAUUUCUUCAAAGCCCUACUGUUCAACGCAAGAGUGAUCGUCCAAAUUUUCUUUGUGAUGGGAGGUUUCCUCAUGGCUUACAAGAUGCUAGUGUAUGCCGAAACACAUCCGUUUACAUUGAAGACUGUACCCAUGGCCCUUGUGAAUCGAUGGUUAAGACUGAUGCCAGCGGUGCUGGUGGUGAUGGGGCUGGCGAUGACGUGGGUCCCGCAUCUAGGAUCAGGACCUAUGUGGGACGCAGUGGUGAAGCGGGAAAGAGACAUGUGCCGCAGUAACUGGUGGCAACUGGUCAUAUUGAUGCCAAAUUUGUUUCCGUUUGAACAUCUAUGUCUACCUCAGGCUUGGUAUCUCGGUACAGACACACAGCUGUUCCUCGUAACGCUAGUGGUUCUGCUCAUCAUAUGGCGCUGGCCGAGGAGUGGAGUCCCAGUUCUAUCAGCCGUAAUGGUGGUCAGUCUUCUGAUACCCUUCCUGCAAAGUUACUUCAUGAACCUCCUGCCUAUACGCGUCAGCAUAUUCCCUGA